UUCAAGCAACAGGUUUCUCCGGUGUACGCUGUUUAGAAAUCCAAUCAUGCGGAAUAUACUGAAAAUAGUGGACCUAUCCCGAAGGAUUGAUAGUGGACUAAAACUUGGAAGAUUCUACUCUAAUGUGACGUACGGCGGAAUAACGCAGUUAGCAACAAAAACAACGAAAGUGUGCCGUAUCAACGCUGACCUUGGCAUCGCUCAAAACAGGCCGCUAUCUACAACUAAUAACCGUUCGAAGACUCCGUGGAACGGUGCGGACGUGACUGCUGGCAGGAGCGUGCUGCGGGACGGAAUUGGCAAAAAUAAAAACACAACCAGCAGCAGAAGUAGCAGCAGCAGCAGCAGCAGCGGCGGCAGCAUCGAAGACAAAAACAACAAUAUUGCCAGCAGCAGCGGCAGUAGUAUUUCUAGCUCGCCCCUGACCGACCUGUUUGGUAGAUUUCACAGUUAUCUGAGAAUCUCGCUCACGGAGAGGUGUAAUUUACGUUGCAAGUAUUGUAUGCCCGCCGAAGGGGUACAGCUCAGUCAAAAAGACAAUUUACUGACAGUACAGGAAGUGCUCCGCCUAGCAGACUUAUUUGUCCAAGAAGGUGUUCGAAAAAUCCGACUAACCGGUGGUGAACCUACGGUGCGAAAAGAUUUAGCUGAAAUAGUGCAGUGCCUCAAGCGCAUUCCUCGUUUGGAAAGUGUUAGUAUUACCACAAACGGCCUCAUGUUAACCCGGCAACUAGUUGGCUUGCAAAGAGCCGGCCUCGAUGGGCUCAACAUCAGCUUGGAUACGCUGAAAGCGGCCAAAUACGAACAAAUCACCCGGCGUAAAGGCUGGGAACGAGUCAUCGCCGGAACCGAUUUGGCGAUCCAGUUGGGCUACAAGCCCAAGGUGAACUGCGUGUUGAUGAAGGCCCCAUCGUCAUUCAUCCCAUCGACUGGCUACAGUUCCAUCCGGGUGGUACGCCACUUCAGUUCGCUGUCGCACGUAGACGAACAUACGGGCAAAGCGACAAUGGUCGAUGUCGACGACAAGGUGUCCACGAAACGGGAAGCCAAAGCGCAGGCAACGAUUUACGUCGGACCGAAGAUUUCCGCACUGAUCGAAAGUAACGAGCUGAAGAAGGGUGAUGUCCUCUCGAUCUCUCAGAUGGCCGGUAUCGUAGCGGCCAAGAAAACCUCCGACCUGGUUCCACUUUGUCACAAUAUUCCACUAUCGUCGAUCAAGGUGGAAACUAGUCUCAACUCUUCGACCCAUGAGGUGCACAUUCUGACCAAGGUGAAAUGCGACGGGAAGACGGGUGUCGAGAUGGAAGCACUGACCGCCGCUUCCAUAGCGGCGCUUACAGUUUAUGAUAUGUGCAAAUCCGUGUCGCACGAUAUUCUCAUCAAAAAUAUUAUGCUAGUAGAGAAGACUGGUGGCAAAAGCGACUACUAUAAUCCAACGAACACUCAGGCACCAAUAGAACUUAUGACCGAUGAAACACCCAUUAUAGUUAGGCAUUAUGCGACUGAUCCAAUUCCGAGUAAGGAAGAAUUUGUUCCGCAGCACAUUUGAGAUGGACAAUCAUUGUGAACAACACGUCGUGCCUAUCCUUAUAAGGAUAUAGGGAUUUUAUUUUACAAGUAACAUUUUAAACCUCCUCAUGUACUCGUUUUGCUUGUUGUUUGCUUUGUUCUCAAUCCAGAAAAAAUGAGUACGCUCGAAAAUACUUUAUUCCGUGAUAUAUCAUGAUAUGAAUACAAUUCAUCACUGCAUAUACUUAGUCAUAGGAUUGUCCCCAGUCGAGAGCCAUCUUGCUACAGCCACGAGAAAUCGUCUGCAAACUAACCACCAGUUCGCCGUAGCUUUCGCAUGCAAAGCCAUUAUAUUUAGAUCCAUCUGCCAAAAUUUUUGGAUCUCGAAGCUCUGGAUUGAUGCCCGUAAGCCAGCUCAUCGCAGCCGACCAAACAUUGUUGAACUUCGGCACAAACAAUGGUGCCCGAACUGUACGACUAGUUCCGCUUAAUGGACAGUGUACUCUUGCGUAACCGCGAUUCGUUUCCACGUUCCAGAAAUUGUUUCCGUACAUACUGAAAACUAUCUGUGGCCAACCGUAUGGAUUAGUCGAUUUAAGCGUGAACUCUAACGGCAUAUUGAACACCACCGUCCGAUAGUCACCGGCAUUCGCCUUGGCACUCUGUGUGAUUCCCGACCGCAUUCCGGAUACAAGUUCCCAGUCUGGACCGGCGAUAACAUCGUAUCUACAGAACAAACUGCUUCCAUCCGGUCCCAUCGGAAAGUAGGCUGAUUGCAGCUGACCGGACACGGCCAGAUGGAAAUAACUUUCACUAUCUUCCGAAAUUUCUUUCAUCUUUUCAAACGAAGGUUUUUGUUUGUUAGAGCAUUAUUAGGUUGGUUGCCUAGGUUACAGAGAGCAGAUCGAAAGGACACAACAUAUCCCAUCUAAUGCAAAACUUGUAUGGAAAUUUGAAUGCAAGUAGCUUAAGCUCGCUCUAAACCAGUGCGGUGUAAUUUUAUCAUCCCAAGUAUCAUUUUCAGAAAAAAAAUAUUGUUUAAAAAAAUAAUUGCUGAGUGUUUAUGAACGAAAUAAGCAUUUAAUUGCGGGUAGAAUUUUUUGUUAGUUAUAAAGUAUUUUUUAAACUUAUGCUAGUAAUAGCUAUAUCAAUCAUUAUUUGUCAUAAUUAAAGCCUAUAAUUUAUAGUCUCCGUUUGAGUGGUAUGGUGUAAUCGUUUUUUCAUCUAAUCGCUACAUCAUACUAUUUUAAUUUCGAGUCCAAUUUUUUUCGUGCAAACUAAUUACCAAUAACUAGAUUGGUAUUAAUGAAAGCUUCUUCGCACAGAAAUAAAU